UGUUUGCCCCACGCUCGUGCCCUCAUUCCCACAGCUCUAGGAGAGCGUGUCACCAGCUUCAGAGCAGCAGGAUCAACAUAUCAUCACCACAGACUCACACACAUAUCUGCAGAUCUUUACAGAGUGCAUCAUUGUCCACCCUACCCACCACCUAGAAGGCACCAUCGGGCCACAACCCCAAGUACCCCGGAGCAGCAGGAUAAGGACUUUCUUCCUCAUCCUCAGGAAACGAGAGCAGGAACGCUGAGCUGCUCUCAUACACACUCAUCUGUUUUAUUGAGACAGCAGUGGGACAGAGGCAGUCUGAGGGAGCAGAAGUGUUGACAGUGAGGAACCAUGGGAGACUGGAGUCUCCUUGGAAACUUCCUGGAGGAGGUGCAGGAGCACUCCACCUCAGUGGGGAAGGUGUGGCUCACCAUCCUUUUCAUCUUCCGCAUCCUGGUCCUGGGUACAGCAGCUGAGUCCUCUUGGGGUGAUGAGCAGUCCGACUUCAUGUGUGACACCCAGCAACCCGGUUGCACCAAUGUCUGCUAUGACCGCGCCUUCCCCAUUGCCCACAUCCGCUAUUGGGUGCUGCAAAUCGUCUUUGUCUCGACACCCUCACUUAUCUACAUGGGCCAUGCCAUGCACACUGUGCGCAUGGAGGAGAAACGCCGGCGGCAAGAGCAGGAGCAGCGUGAGGCAGAUGAGGGAAGAGGGGAACCAGGAAGUGGUGAGAAGGAGUACCUGGAGCAGAAGGAGAAGGCUUCUGAAACACCAGCCAAGAUUCGCCUAAAAGGUGCGCUGCUGCAGACUUACGUAUUGAGCAUCCUGAUCCGCUUGGUCAUGGAAGUGGUCUUCAUUGUGAUCCAGUAUAUGAUAUAUGGUAUCUUUUUGAAGGCGUUGUACCACUGCAAUACUUUACCAUGUCCCAACCCAGUCAACUGCUACAUGUCACGGCCUACAGAGAAGAACGUCUUCAUUGUGUUCAUGCUGGUGGUGGCAGCUGUGUCCCUAUUCCUCAGUGUUUUGGAGCUUUAUCACCUUGGCUGGAAGCAGUGUAAGAGCUGCUUCCGUAAGUAUGUUGAGAGCCGUGCCACUAACAGCAACAGCAAAACCAACAGCAAAAGCGGCAAAGCUGUUUCUGAGGCCCUGCAACCUAACUUUUCAGACAGCUCCCAGUCACAUCCUGCCAAGAACUGCACCCCACCUCCAGAUUUUAACCAGUGCUUAGCAUCAGGAAGAGGACCACCCUCACCUGGACAUGUUCAUCACCAUGUUCAUUCCAUCCACUCAGGCUACCAGCCCUUCACCAACCACUUGGCCCACCAGCAGAACUCGGCCAACCUUGCCACUGAGCGGCACUGCAGGCGCAGCCAGGAUGACCUGGAGGCAGGGGAGGAUUUCUUGAGGAUGAGCUAUGACCACCAACCAGCCAUUGUGGCUUGUGGAAACAGCCCUGCUGAAGUGCUACCCAGUGCUCCUUCCACACCAACAUCCAAUGGCAGCUUCAUCAGAGACAAACGCCGCUUCAGUAAGACCAGCGGCUCCAGUAGCAGCAAAACACGGCCUGAUCUAGCAGUGUGAUCAAAUCCCUGUAUAUAGUGGCAAUGAACAGUCUGGGUAUAUGUACACUAUAUGGCCAAAAGUAUGUGUACACCUGAUCAUCAGACCCAUACGUGGGCCCUCCCUAAAUUGCUGCUAACUUGGAUGCACACAUUUGUCUAGAAUGCCUUUGUAUGACGUUGUACGAUUUACAUUCACUGGAACUACAGCCUAAACCAGUUCCAGCAUGACAAAGCUCCUGUGCACAAAGUGAGGUCCAUGAAGAUAUGGUUUGCCAAUGUUGGAAUGUAAGAUCUCAAGUGACCUGCACAGAGCCCUGACCUCAACUCCACUGAACACCUUUUAGACGAGUUGGAAUGCUGACUGCACCACAGGCCUCCUCGCCCAGCAUCAGUUCCUGAACUCACUGAUGUUCUUGUGGCUGAAUGAGCACAAAUCCCCACAGCCACUUUCUAAAAUCUAGUGGAAAGUCUUUCCAGAAGAGUAGAGGUUAUUAUAACAGCAAAGAGGAACUACAUCUGGAAUGGAAUGUUCAACAAGCACAUAUAGGUGUGACAGUCAGGUGUCCACAUACUUUUGGCCAUAUAGCGUAAGUGAGUGUACAUUCUAAAAAUUGCUGGGCUAAAAAUAACCCCAAUUUGGGUCAAUUUGAAAACCCAGUGCUGGAUGCAAUAUGGCCUAACCCAGCAAGGAUGGGUUAGGAUGUUGACCCAGCAUGUCUAUUUAAUGAUACUUAAGAUAAGAUAAGCUUUUAUUCAUCCUGGUGGGAAAUUAGGGUAAAAAUAACUACAUUGCUGUGCUGUAGACAAUGUAGUUGCUUAAACAUUGAAACCAGAUUUCUGGGACAUUUGAUGUCUUUGGGUAAAUUUUAUUUCAGUUAAAUAUUAAUUUCAAAUGAAAAAUUCAUAUUUAACUGAAAUAAAGAACUGUCAACUCAUGUCCAUGGUCAUUUUGAAAUCCUGAGUGAUGAACAUCAAAUUAUAUACAAAUUAUACAAAUAAUCAUUUUAAAAGGUCCAACUAAAUUAGAACUGAUGUUAAAUGUGAAAAAAAGCUUACAUUUCUUGCAGCUGCGACUGAUUUCUUUUACUUUAAAAAUUUUCUGGUUGCUGUUCUCAACAGGCGCAACUGAAAAUUCUAGAAAAUGAAUCUUGAUGCAUGCACCUGUUCUCUUUCAGGUCCUCAUCCUCAACCUACUAUGCUAGUUUGCCCAUCAUCAAUCCACUGUCAACCCAACUACCUGACCCAAAAAAAAAUGGAAAAAUAACCCAGCAUUUUUUAGAGUGUAUGUGUUUGAGAUUCUUUGUUAGUACUAGCAAUGACUUGAGAUUUUUAGAUAGUUCUUUAUAUAGGGAGUGCCAUAAAAGGCCAUUAGGAGUAGACAAUAAUAAGAAAGAUAGAAAUCAGGAAAGAGAGAGAAUCUGUAUCAGAGCACCUUAUUUGGUUUCACUGAAACUGCUGUAUAGUAUUAGAAGUGGGAAUAUGACAGAAUAAUUUAAGUUACAGACGAUUUGUAGGGGAUUUGGAUUUGUAAUUUGCACAUGGGUGAAAUAGCACUGAGAUUAAGAAUGAAAAUAAUUAUUUUAAAAUACAGUAGAUGAAAUUUUUUUCAGAAUACAUCAUCUUCUGUGAAAAUGUAAACCAAGAGAAUAACUGCAUCGUUAUCAUUCUUAUCACGAAGCUAAAACCACUGUUUUAUAUUGCACAUAAGUUAAGCAAUGUGCAAAUUUAUGAACCCAAUAAGCCAAAACAACAGUUCAAUCAGGUCAAGACUGUGAAAAAGGACCUCAAAACCUUGUGUAUGAGUCUCAAGUACUCAUAUAGGGUAAUGAAGUGCUGUGUUACUGUGAAUGUCAAAGAGACACACGAUUAAGAAUGCACUUUUCAAGGAGAUGAUGUUUGCCUAGCUCAGGUGAAGGUUACACUACCUGUGGAGAUGCACACAGUGUGUUUGGCAUGACAAACUUGGGCAAGCUGACAGGUGCAACAAGCAACUCAUACCAUAUCAAGGACACAUGCUUGGUCACAGGUUUUUGCUCCUUCAACUCUCAACCAUUAAUUUCCUGGAAGAAUACUUGUGCCUGAACUGAACAGUACAAUCAAACAAUUAAUAAUCUAGGGCAAAUAUUAGAUAUUAGAUCCAAAGUGUGCAAUAUUCAAGAUGUUAAAGAAAGCACAUUUGAAUCAAGCUUCAUAUGCAUCACAAGAGGUUUGACAGAUGAAAUGCUAUACUCAAGCCUGUCUUACUAAAUAGCUUUCAUUGUGAUUGACCAAGUGACAAUUACAGAUCAAAAAUAAUAACAUGUUCAUCAGUCUGACAAAUAGUUAAUCAGUUUCUACACUUUAUACUAAUUCUGGAAGCAUUACAUCCAAGGCUCAAUUGAAAAAGGCUACAGCUUCUCUCUGCAUUUUAGUUGAUUAGAAAUGCUAUCGGAAACCAGGGUUCAAGAUCAUUUUAAACACAUUUCAUAUACAUGUGUAAAAGGCUAAAUUUAUGCAUACACAAAUGUGACUGUGUACAUAAAAUGAGAGGAUUUCAACAGCCUUAUGUAAACCCAGAUUGGGAAUGACCAUGUAAUAUGCCGCAGUGAACACUAUUGUAAUGUAAUCCAGAAGAUAACAUUGUUGUUAUUGUGUUUUUUUUAUGUUAAUUCAUUUGAAAUAUGGUGUGAGUGGCAGCUUACUGGCAUAUUAUGUACAUAAAUCUAUAUCUUCAUUACUUUGCUUUUCAGAUGGCACAAUAUUUCAAAUUAUUUAGUCAUUUAACACAUUUCCUCACUCACUGUGAUCUUCUUCUAUUCUCUUUAAAUAAAUGCUACUUAAAUAAAGGUUGUGUUUCAAUCUACAAUAAAACAAUUCUGUCACUUGGA